CACAGAUACACAACCAAACCAGAGAAAUGGAGAAAGAACAGAGAGACUACAAAGCUCACUGCUUGGUCAUUCCCUAUCCUAGUCAAGGCCAUAUCAACCCUCUCCUCCAAUUUUCUAAGCUUUUAGAUCACAAAGGAGUCAAAGUCACACUGGUCACUACUCGUUAUAUCUACAAUACAAUGUACAAAGGAUCAUGUUGCACUGCACUUGAGACUAUCUCACUGGAGACCAUCUCUGAUGGUUUUGACGAAGGCUGGAAAACGCAGGGUGUAAGUAUCCAGGCCUAUUUGGAGAGCUUUUGGAAAGUAGGGUCCCAGACUUUGGCUGAGCUCAUUGAGAAGCUAUCGGUCUCAGGGUGCCCAGUUGACUGUCUUGUUUAUGAUGCAUUCAUGCCUUGGCCUUUGGACAUUGCCAAGAAGUUUGGAAUAGUUGGGGCUGUUUUCUUUACUCAGUCUUGUGCUGUUGACAACAUUUACAAUCAUGUCAACAAAGGGGUAUUGAAACUUCCUCUUACUGACUCAGAAAUUUCUCUUCCCGGGAUGCCACCACUUGAGCCUUUGGACCUGCCAUCUUUUCUAUCCGAUUUCGGGUCUUAUCCAGCUUUCUUUGAAGUUGUUAUCGGUCAGUUCUGCAAUAUUGACAAAGCCGACUGGGUCCUCUGCAACACAUUUUAUGAGUUGGAAGAACAAGUGGUGGAUUGGUUGGCAAAGUUUUGGCCAGUGAGGACCAUUGGACCAACUAUACCAUCUAACUACUUGGAUAACCUACUUAAAGACGACCAAGGUUAUGGCGUUGACCUCUUUAAAUCCAGCAAUGAUGCAUGCAUGAAAUGGUUAAACAAGCAUCCAAAGAAUACUGUUGCUUACAUCUCAUUCGGUAGUGGUGCACAACUUGGACUUGAGCAAAUGCAGGAACUGGCAUGGGGUUUGAAGAGGAGCAAAAGCAAAUUCUUGUGGGUGGUUAGAGAAUCAGAAGCAGCCAAAGUCCCCGAAGGGUUCAUCGAGGAGACAGCUGAGAAGGGUUUGGUGGUUUCAUGGUGCUCCCAACUAGAGGUUUUGGCUCAUCAGGCUGUUGGGUGCUUCGUUACACAUUGUGGUUGGAACUCCACUUUGGAGUCUCUGAGUUUAGGAGUUCCAUUAGUGGCAAUGCCACAAUUGACUGACCAAAGCACCAAUGCCAAGUACAUUAAGGAUGUUUGGGAAAUAGGGGUAAAAGCUCAACCUGAUGAGAAAGGCAUUGUAAGGCGAGACGAAGUUGAGCAUUGUAUAAAUGAAAUCAUGGAGGGGGACAAAGGAAAAGAAAUACAAAAGAAUGCCAUGAAAUGGAAAGAUUUGGCUCGAAAGGCAGUGGUUGACGGUGGAAGUUCCAACAGAAACAUUGAUGAGUUCAUUGCGACGUUGGUUAAGCAUUAAGAGUUGCUCAAGUGUCAAGUUCACUGAAACUCUGCAACUUCUUUGGCGGUGGAUUGGAUGGGAAAGGUUUGGCCAAUAAAGAUGAUAAAGACUAUGGUUUCAACAUGUUCAAACCAAAGAGUUAUGCCUGCAUGAAUUUGCUCAAUGAACAGACCAAGGGGUCUAUUGUUUAUUUGUCGUUUGGCAGCCGAGCAGAAAUUGAAGCUGAGCAAAUGGAGGAACUAUAGCUUUCGGAUUGAGGAGUAACAAAAGAAAAUUCUUGUGGGUGAUUAGAGAAUCAGAAGCAAGGAAGGUGCCGAAAGGGUUUGUCUGAGGAUACAUCUGCAAAGGGUUUGGUGGUUUCCUGGUGUCCCCAAUUGGAGGUUUUAGCUCAUGAAGCAGUUGGUUGCUUCAUUACACAUUGCGGUUGGAACUCCACAUUGGAGGCUUUGAGUUUGGGGGUUCCAAUGGUUGCAAUGCCGAUGGACUGACCAAAGCACCAAUGCCAAUAAGUACGUAGAUUAUGGAUGUGUGGAAUAUUGGGAUCAAAGCUCAAGUUGAUGAGAAAGGGAUUGUGAGGCAAGAAGAAGUAGAGCAUUGUGCAAGUGAAAUAUUGGAGGGACAGGGGGGAAAAGAAAUACAGAGAAAUGCUAUAGCAUUGAAAGAAUUGGCUAGAAAGGCUGUGGAU